AUGGAGUUGGAUUCGCGUAGCAGUGGCAGCAGCAGUGCCAGGCGGCCAAGCAGUAGAGCGGCCCCGCCCUUCGCUCACGUGGGCAGUAGUGGAGACCAGCACGCGGUGCACAGUGUAGGAAUUGUUUCCAGAGAUAAAGGCUCUGCGUCACUUUCCCCGCUGUCGGCGUCCGCAGCUAGAGGGCCUGCUGCGGAGCAUCACAGCUCGCUCUCUUUGGCGGAUUCCCGUGUUUCCCCUGAUGGAAGCAUCAAGAUAGACAAGAGGAUAAGCUCGGGCGGCCAGAGCUACAGCAGGCACACGAGACCUGGCGCCGAUGCCAGAGAUGGUAGUUUCGUUCAAAGAAGGAGUUUUGGUGAACCAUCUGCGACUCAGUCCUUCACUGACGGUGGAAGCAGCCUUGGAAGGCCAAGCCUCUUCAACUUAGACAACCACGAAGAAGUUUUGAGCGAUGAAAAGAGAAGUGUGCUCGCAGAAGACCCCAGCUUUCUUGCGGGGGUUGACGUCCCUGUAUUGGGUAGGCAAAACACGGGAAGAACCGCAUCGUCCAGCCAGUCGAAGAAUUCCUUAUGCGGCACGGGCAGCGGCAGCAUCUCUAGAAGAUGCCGAGACGGCACAAACGACCUAAACCCCAACGUGUCGGAGAGCGCUGUAGGCAUUCCUUUCCUGGGUGUUCAUGUGGAGGACCACAGUCGAAUGCCCCUGCCCAAUGGAGGUACAUCCCUUGGGGGACCCAGAUCGCUCGAUGAAACGUCAUCGAGUUUAGGAAAAAGAAACAUUUGCGGGAAUGUCUCGGGUCGGUCGAGAGAGACGCAGACUCGGGCCCUUGAGAACAACGCAGAUCUUCCUCCCUCGUUCCACGACAGCAAGGCCAAUAUUUUCAGUGGCAGUACCAGAAGUAACGUCGGCAGCGGAAGGUAUAGUGCCAGCACCGGAAGGCUCGCUUUCGACGAGAAAUUUGGAGAGCGAGAAAAAGAUGAGCGCUUUUUCAGGGACUCGAUGGUUUCUGCUGGAUCGACUGACUUCAUGGACGAGAAGGUCUCCAGGGUCAGCAGCGGCCCUGGAAAGAUCACCAGGAGGGAGAGUUACGACACCAGUAUCUCUGAGAGGGAUCUGCAGUGGGAUGCUUCUGGGGCAAAGCACUGGAACAGUAGCCGCGAAAUAAAAGUGGACAAAGAGUCUCUAAGAUCCGGGCUCGAGAGAAGAAGGAGCACUAAAGACGAGAGCCACCAGUUUGACGGCGAAGGAUCUACUACGAAUAGAGACAGAGGAAUGUACCCAGAUGAAGCAAAAGCAGUUCUACGUGAUGCACUCCUCCUUCCCGAUGGCCACGUCUAUCACUUAGGUGUGAGAAGGGGGGACGUUCACAAUCGAAUACUUACCGUCGGGCACGCCGCGCGCGCCGACCUCCUUGCCAACACCCUUCUUGAGGCGAAACGGAGUCGCCUCAGCCUCACGAGCUCUCGCUUCUUCAAAGUCCACUCAGGGUACUACAAAGGUGCCAAAGUUUCCAUCAUUGCCAUCGGCAUGGGCGCGCCUAUGGUCGAGCUUCUGAUGCGUGAAGUUUCGUACAUCACCGACGGCCCUCUUGCCGUCGUUCGUCUCGGAACUUGCUCUCUUCUCAAUCCUCGACUGCGCCCGGGAUGCCUCGUUGUCGCUACAAAGGGAAUCAUGGGCUGUUACAACGACUACACCUUCUUCGACGGGUCCAUGGAAGACGGAGCCAGAGUUAAGGGGCUAUCGCCAUAUGUCAUCACUCGCCCAUGCGCCCCUGACCCCGAGCUGUCAGCCCGCAUUGUGGAAAACGUUUCCAAAGCGAUCGACGACCCUGCGCUUCUUCACACGGGCCUUCAUGUCUCUGCGGAGAACUAUUACGCCUGUCAAGGGCGCAUUGACAAUUUAUUCAACGACAGGAACGAGAAACUGUUGGAUCAGCUUCUUUCACACGGCGUAGACAGCAUGGACAUGGAGAGCCACCAGCUGCUUCAUCUGGCAAACCGACGCUUCCAGCCUGUCAAGGCGGCUGCUGCGCAUAUCGGGAUUGCAAACAGAAUCAGCGACCAAUUUGCUCAUCCCAUAACACCUGAGGUUCUAAACAAGCAAGUCCUGCUCGCAGGGCGAGCGUGCCUAGAUGCGCUCGUCUCCGUACCUCUUUAA